AAGAAUUAUUUUAUGUUAUCUUUAGAAUAUAUCAGAGAAUUAAUCGAAAUGUGAAAAUACACUAUGGCAGUGUCAAAUCAGUAUCUAUUUCUGCUUAUGUCAUGUAUGUACCAUGCUAAUAGAGGUGAAGAUUGCCCUGGAUGCAUUGAUAUACCUUGCACAAAUUUUCCAUGCUCUGUAAAUGAGUUAUGCUACUUAAAGAAAGUGAGCUGUGGGUCCGAGCUUUGUCUUAUUGACCUUCCUGAUUGUAUAGACUCCAGCAAAGUUUGCAAAGACGUAAAUCCAGUUUUUGAUGAUAUUGGUGGUGUAGUAACUUGUGAAUCAAGUUGUGAAGGAUCACAAGAAUGCAUUGGUGGUUUUUGCUGCAAUUCAACCUUUCCUGUUUAUAAGGAACUCCCUGAUUUGGAUUUUAUUGAUGAUGACAUAAACUUAGAAACAGAUGGCGAUAAGCCACCAUCAUUUCUGCUUCCAGAUUUAUAUGAAAAUAGUGACAAAAAUGAAAAACCAUCAUGUACACCCUGUAUGACACCUAUGUGUCAAAUGCUUAUGGUGGAGUGCCCUACACAUAAAAAUGCACAUUGUGUGCAAGACAAUUGCUCAUGUGCCUUCUGGUUUGAAGAUUCUCAUGGCCAAAUGGUUGAUUGUUUAGAGGCUUUAGACCCUGAUAUACCCUUGGAUUCCUCUGUGACAUCUACUAAAUCUCCAGCUAUUACACCAAUAUUUCAUAAUGAUACACCGAAAGAUGAACCUGUGAAGUCUACUAAAUCUCCGACAGUUACAUUGAAAUCUCAUAGUGAUUCACCAAAAGAUGAUCCUGUGAAGUCCACAAAAUCUCCAGCAGUUACAUUAAAAUCUCAUAAUGAUCCACCGAAAGACGAUGCUUGGAAAUUUAUUUUAAUUGCAAUAUGCGGUGCUGCAGUUUUGUGUUUUAUUGCCUUCAUUGCUUAUAAAAUGGCAAUUCGAAGAAAAAAGCAACAACAAGAUGCAUUAAAUCAAGAAGAACAAAAAGUUCCACUGAGUCAAGUGGUUUCCACGUCCCCGGAUAACAACAAUGAAUUUAAGUCAACUACGCCAAUUGUAAAUAGUAAUCAUGACAAAGCUACGUCUUCAGGAGUGGAGAAAGUAUGAUAAUCAAAUAACUGAAACAAAAGCAGCUUCAUGAAGUAUAGAGUUUGUUUUGAUAUGAAGACGCAAGACUAAAGGCUAUGAUCUUAACUGCUGCUUUUUGCUAUAAUAACCAGAUGUCUACUUCAAAAAUCUCAUUGAAAACCUCUUUAUGGAAACGGAAGGGUGAGUCUGCAACAUUGUCAACAUAUCAUUGAAAGUUGAGUACUUUUGCAAUUUACAUCAAAGUUGAUCGGGUUUUGUCAGAUAAAUUUCAGAGACAAUUUGGAUUUGAAAAACUUAUUUUUCAUUGCUGACAAAAAUUUCACAUAUUUUCAAUCACUAUAAAGAUGUUAGUAAUUGUAACAUGAUCAUUAACUAUGGAUGCUGCAGUGCUUUUUCUUCUUAAACAAAUAUUCUUUAUUGAUUGUGAAAAUAUUUUUAUACAUAGUUUUUUAUUCUUCAUGAAGGUGUUCCUUACUCUCACACAUAAGGUGCUUGUUUGAAACUUUUUUCAAAUGUGUCGGUGUUGUUUAAUCACCAAUAGCAAUUUAUAUAGACGUAGUGUGAAGAAUGAAUGAAAUUUGACCAUAUUGAAUUGAAGUUGUUAUUUUCAACAAAUGUAUAUACUAUUAAAAUUUAAAAGUGUAUUGGUAGUAAUUUUGUGCACAUCAAUAGUCAAUACAUGUUCAAAAUUUGCCAAAAGGUUCGAGCUCGAUUCACAUACUGCCAUUCUUUUUUUUUUUGUAAAGAUGUAGUUUUUUACUAUUCUGUAAGGUUUUGCUUGUUUGCCAAUAUAUGUAGUUCUUCCGUUUUUCAUAUCAUGCACACACAGCACCAACUAUAUUAUGAGAUUUUUUUAGAUUAUUUUUAUUUCUGUAAAAAGACGAGACUUUACAUUUGCUGCAUUUUAACUUUUUAUUAAAGAUCUAUGUUUGUAUGGUAGUCAUGCUCACAUUUACUUUUUGGUUUUGUAUAGUUUUCAUAUACACUUUUUUCCUUUCAUAUAUACUGUUUUGUUCAAAGCAUUCAUAUUUAUAAUAUCACAUUCGAACUGUCUAGAAACAUGAUUGACAGCUGUUAUAUCUAUAUAAUCCAAAACUAUUGAGCAAAAUGUGAAUAUGACCCCAUAAAACAUGGAUCUUUUUGAAGCAGCAGUUUACAAACUAGUUCCGAAUUUUUUUUCGUUGUCACUUAAAAAAUAUAUUUUUUAAUUUUUGCUACUUUUUAUGUUGACAUACAUGAUCGCAAUUGAAUUACAGUACUAUCCGGUUUCCAACUCUUAUAACAGAGUAAUUGAAUCAUUUUUAAUAAGGCAUGCAGAAAAAUAGCCCAAUAGCGCUGUUUAUAUUUCUUGCAUAGGUUUUAUUGGUGAACUCUGCAUAAGUAUGUCUGGCAUAUAUGUGACUAAAAAUUUUGAACAUAAAUUAACCUAACGUUAUGUCUUAAAUAAUUGUGUAUUACAACUUAUAUUAUAUCUGAAACUGGAAAUUUCUUGUCAACAAGGUAAACAAACGCAUUAUAGCAAUUUACGUAUUUUUCUCAUAAUAAUUUUUUUAUGGUUUAUACUUAUCCAAACACCUGUGGCAAUUGAUCUACAGAUAUUGAUCUGUUUUGCCCUCAAGCAUUGCACAAAUAACGACAUCAAAAUUCCAGGUGUGUCAACCACAUAUUUGAUAAAAAUCACAUCAGUUCAACAAGAAAUUGUAAUAAAUACUACUGGCUAGGUUUCGUGACCGUUAUUAUUCCCAGUCUGAUUAAAAUUAUACUAAAUUUCCUGAACCAUGGUAGCACCCACACAAUGUAUGUAUCUGUAAUCUGGCUCGACCACUCACUGUACUUCACUGAUAAUGAAAUGUAUAUUGCUAUUUCAUGAAUUGUAUAUUGUCAAAUACACAGCAUGAGAAAUUUAA